AUGGAGAUCCUCCCCCAACUCCCUCCUCCUCCUCCUCCUCCUCCUCCUCCUCCUUCUCCGCUUCUCCGCACUUGCGGAGAGAGACACAGACCACGCGAGCUCCGGAGCAGGGGAGGGGGGCUCGGCAGCCAGGCUGUCCCUCCCUCUGCCUCCCUGGCUGUGGCCGCCGCCAAAUCUUGUCACUGGGAAAAGGACGGGGCGGUAACUUGCCUCCCGCGUCCCCGGCGAGGGGGCAGAGGUACGCCGAGGGCUCUCCGGGGAGCAGACCCUGGCCGCAGCAUCUCCGUGGGCAGUCCUCUGAGAAGGCGACCCGGGGGGAGCUUUUCCCCAAGAUGAUUAUGAAGUUCCAGACACGCAACUACUUGAAAGAUUGCAACUGUUCUCUUGUCCCGGUCAGACCAUUUUAAAUGAUUAAUGCCCAAUUUCUUAAACUGAGCGCUAGGUAUAUGGAUAUUUAUUAUUCUUCAUAUCGGGCACACACGUUAGUCAUACUGUUUCAUGUAUAGUCAGUAUUUAAU